GCUCAGGCCUAGUUGGCAUGUCUGUUUCCUUGACAACCUGGCUAGUUGGGCUCUGCUCCACAGACUGGAUACAAUAUGUCUGUUUCUGUGUGGUACUAUAACUAGAUGUUUCUUUUCCUGUUUUACAAUCAAAACGUUUAUGACCUAAUUUCCCACAUCUCCAGCAUGAAAAGUCUUUGGGUCCUGCAUAACUUGUUUUAUUUACUUUUCCCUCAGUAAACUCUGUAUGGGUGUGUGCCUUCUCAUGUGGGCUUCCCAAUGAGGGGCUGCCUCUCUUAUCGGUUUCUGAGGAACCUCUGAAAUGAUCUGCCGUGCCAUUGCCCACCAAACUGACUCAGUGGUUAUGUGUGCUGAGUAUCGCUUAGCUCCUGAGCAUCCGUAUCCAGUCCCUGUACUGGACUGUUUAACUGCUGUAAUAUACUUUAUGAAAAAUGCAAAGGAAUACGGAGUGGACCCCAGCCGUAUUGCUGUUGCUGGGGAGAGUAGUGGAGGCACUUUUACUGCAGCCAUUUGCCAAGAACUGGUGACCAGAGAGGACCUCCCAAGAGUGCGAGCUCAGGUCCUCAUUUACCCAUUCCUCCAAGGAAUGGACUUCAAUUUGCCAUCCUAUCAGCAAAACCAUUCAGUUCCUCCUAUGUUCCGGAAAAGAACUGUCAAAGUUGGUUUGACAUAUCUCACUGGGAAGAUAAUGAAUGUAGAUGGAAUUCUGAAAGGCGCCCAUGUCCCUCCUGAUUUGAGAGAGAAAUACCAAAAAUGGAUAAGUGCUGAUAACAUUCCAGAAGAAUUUAAAGCUAGGGGCUAUGUUCCUGUAGCACCUGCCCCAUUUUCAGAAGAACUUUAUGAACAAGUUAAAAGAGGUUAUGAGACAAUGUUUGUCCCCCUUCUAGCAGAGGAUGACAUAAUCCGCCAGCUCCCAGAGACUUUCCUUCUAACCUGUGAAUAUGAUGUUCUCCGGGACGAUGGGCUGUUGUACAAGAAGCGGUUAGAGGACAAUGGUGUGCCAGUGACAUGGUAUCAUGUUAAAGAUGGUUACCACGGAAUAAUGGCCUUGGCUGGUUGGGGGCCACUUGCAUUCCUGAACACACAGAAAUGUUUGCAGAGUGUAAUACAGUUCUUAAAAGGUUUAUAGAAAUGGAUGACCUUGUAGGAGUGCAAAUAUCCAGAGUGUGGGGUCAGGUGGGACUACUAUGAGGAAUUAUAAAAUAUGCAUCAAGCCAUUGUGUCCAUGAUGA